AUGAUAAAGGGUCGAUCUACUGGAGGAGGUGAUAGUGGUGGUAUACAGCAGCAAUAUGAUGCAUCCCAGCUAUUGGCUCUAAAGGUAUGUAAGGAUGAUACCGGUUGGAUGGAUAUAUCAUGGGGUGUCCAAGCCGUUGUUAGUCGAUAG